UAGAGGCAGAGCCAAAGUAUGUGCAGGCAGAGACUGAAGUUUCUUUCUCCAUCGAACCCAGUGCCUGGAUGCAGGCGAUUCCUCGGGAAGCCCUCCGUUGGGACAAGAGCUCCCCUCAAUCGGAGCUUCUUCUCUGAAUCCCUGUUUCUCGUGCCGUUCUGGCUCGUUAAUUGCAUUUCUCUGCUUUUGUUAUAGUUCCCUCGAUGGUUUCAAAUCCGAAUUUCAUCCAUUACGCCUGCAUUGCGAAAGGAACCACAAUUCUCGCCCAACACGGGUCCAAGGAACCACACAUCGAAGAAUUAGCGGCAAAAUGCCUUGAGCAAGCUCCUCUCCACCACUCCAUGUUUUCUCACACUGUUAAGAAAAGGACCUAUGCGUUCCUAAUUGAUCAGGCAUUUGUCUCUUUCGCGAUUUUCGAUGAUAAGCUCGUGAAAUCGGAGGCCCUUUGGUUUUUAGAUCGCAUCAAGUGUGCGUUGGACGCGAUAUUGGAAGGCAGGUCUGUCACGGAUUCUGAUUAUUUCUCGCCGCUUUGUUUCCAAGCUCAAUUCGAUCCUAUCUUUGGAGAAUCAAUGGCCUCGGGUUUGCAAUCGGAAAAGCCACUGCAAGGCGAAAACAAGAAUGAUCGAAAUCCGAGCGUAGGGUCCGUGAAAGGGAAGAAAUCGGUGAUGGUACCUUUGCUGGAGCAGCCUGGUAAAAGUUUGAAGAAGAAGAAAAGGGUGAGCACAGAAGGCAAUGGAAUUGAUGGUAAUGAUGCUCCGAUGGAGAAUAAAUUGGAUGUGGGUGAUGAUAUAAAUCGUGGCACCAGAGAUUUUGCCUGGUCGGUACCCAAGGGGGCGACCGGCGAUCGACAAAAAGCAAAGCAGAUAUGGAAGAAACAUGUAUGGAUGGUGCUAUUGCUGGACAUAUUUGUUUGUGCAAUGCUAUUUGUAAUUUGGUUAUGGGUGUGCAGAGGGUUUAAGUGCAUGCAGAGUUGAAUUCAAAACAAAAAUGGUCUCUCUCUUCUUUAGGGAUUCUUCGCUUCUUGUUUGAGUUAUUUCUCCUGGAAAUUGCUUGAAAACCAUGAAAUGCUGCGCUAUCAUGCAUCGACAUCGAUCAAUGUUAAAAAAUGGGUAUAUUUCUCAAAUAAGCAAUUGAGGAUUCGGUGUGAUUUGGCUCUUUUUAUUUCUUUCCAUUGGAAAUUUCUUUCCCUUGAUAGAAAUUACUUACUGAAUAUAGAUAUAUAUUGUUGCACAUCCAU